UGCACGAGCUCGAGCACACAGCUGCACCGAAAUUGCCGAACACAACCACGACAGGACAUACCAUCUUCGAACCACUCGUUUUCGAGCCCGUAGCCCCGUAUCGGUACGGGACCCAAGUCUAAGACGCAAUGUCGGAUUCAAUUGACCGAGUCUUCGUCCAUGCCCUCAACACCGUGAAAAAGAUCCCCAAGACCGGGGCCGCCCGGCCGCCGCCAAGCGACCGCAUGCGUCUCUAUGGCCUCUACAAACAGGCCAUGGAAGGCGACGUCGAUGGCGUCAUGGAGCGGCCCUCGGCCACCGGCAACGGAAGCAGCAGCAGCGAAGACGUGGUCCGCGAACAAGACAAGUGGGACGCGUGGAAUUCACAGAAGGGCAUCCCACGCACCGAGGCGAAGCGCCGCUACGUCGAAGCGCUGAUAGAGACCAUGCACAAGUACGCCAGCACGCCCAACGGUCUGGAGUUGGUGGCCGAGCUGGAGUUUGUGUGGAAUCAAGUCAAGAGCAACAGCCCCAGCGCGGCGGGGUCUUCCUCUGAACAGGGUGGUGGGGGGAUCAUUGCGAGUCCCGUAAUUCGCCGGUUCCAGUCGCCGACGAGCGGGAGUGAGGGGCCGAUGAAGGUGCUCAGUCCUAUGAGCGAGGAGGACGAGUCAGAACGGCGGAUGGCCGAGCUAGCCGACCAAGCGGAGGACGACCCCGGCGAGUACGCUCGGCGGCACGACAAGCGGUCGAAGCGGAUGGAGCGAGCCAUCGUCAGGCUGUCGGCGGAGAUUGCGGCAUUGCGAGAGCAGAUCGCCACAGGUCGCGAGUGGAGAUCGCGUAGGGAAAAAGGCGUCUUCGCGUGGGUGGGGUGGAUUUUCUGGGCCGUCACGAAACACAUUACCGUCGACGUCGCCCUCUUGCUUUUGCUACUCCUGUGGAUGCGAAAGAGAAAGGACAGGCGGUUCGAAGACAACGUGCGAUCCAUUUUCAGGCUUGCACGAGAGUACAUCCGAAAGAUCUUGCCAGCUCGGUGAGGUAUCGCCGAGCAUGUUGUUGGUUCGCAGGUUUGGUGGCCUUUACCCCAACCUGACCAACAUCCAAUCUUUCCGCCACCACGCGGUUCGCGUCGAGGAACUACGCCGUCGGGUGUCUCGAAGUUGUCAAGCUUCGCUCA